AUGAAUCCGCAUCGUGGUUCAUCAAGGCGCGGCCGUGAAACCUCAUCUUCGUCUGGGCGUGGUCGAGGUACCUCGUCCUCUAGCCGUGUUCGACGUGGACGUGGCCGCGGUCGUGGAUCAUACUACAAUCGCUCCAAUGGCGCAACCUCUCGCAAUUCAUCUUUUCGAGCACCACGACAGCAAUCGGUCACUCCUUUGACUGCUUCAAGACUGACAACCCCCAACCCGUCCAUCAACUUUAGACAAGGUUCGUCCGUCCCGAGUGUGGUACAUCAAGUACCUCGACAACCACCAACCUCAAUCACACCCUCGCUUCGCCGAGACGACUACGACGACAAUGCCAGUGACGAGACUCUUGAUGAAAUCGUUAUGGCAGUAGACUGGAAGCCUCGCGGUACCGUCGGUUGUGCAUAUUACGUUGCUGCACAAGAGAAGUUGUACUUCAUGGAAGAUAUCGAGCUAGGCGGUCUAGACAUUAUCGAAGCUCUGAAAAUAUUCAUCAAACCUACCAUCAUUCUUGUGUCGUCUAAGCUCGACGACACAGUACUGGACAAGCUUGAUCCAGAUCGACGGAAUAUGAGUGACGGGGAUAGUACAGCGUACGGCAUGCCGGCUUUGUGCUCGCCCCGUCCUGUAUCCGAGUUCUCCUAUGAAUCGGCCAGAAACAGGCUUGCGGGACUCAAGCUCGAUCAUGAGGAUGGACCCAAAAUCACAUUUGUUACUCCUGGAGAUCUUGUUUCUGAGAGCAACGAAGGACACAUAGCUGGAGACGCUGCAGUCGAGAGCCGCCAGGGGCAGUUGCUCAGGCUGGCUGGUUGGAUUGAUGUCGAUAGCAGGGUGACUGUCGGUUGUGCUGGUGCAAUUCUUGCGUAUAUUCAUCGCAAACGGGCAGCGACCUUCUUGCCUGGCGAUGUUGCUGCUCAGGCAAUGCACCGUAUCUCAACAAUCGAGAUGUUUACACUUGCUGGAUCUAUGUUCGUCAACGCGGAUACAUUGCUUUCACUGCAAAUAAUUCAGUCCGAGUCGCACCCACAUUCGCACAACCAAGGUCCUGCGAAGACAAACUCGGGUUCCAAGGAAGGUUUCUCCGUCUACGGUCUGUUUCAUACUCUCGCGCGUACUCCGCAGGGCAAGCUCUUGCUGCGACAGUACUUUUUGCGACCCAGUAUAAACAUGGACGUUAUCAACGAGCGCCUUGACACCAUCAGCUUUCUACUCCGUGCUGAAAAUUCAGAACAAAUGGAAACACUGAUCAAGAAUCUGAGCAAGAUAAAAAACAUGAGGACCGUUAUGAUCAAACUCCGCAAAGGCAUCAGUGAUGCUGGAGUAAGCAAAAGAGGUCCACCAAACUUCAUUUGGAGUGGCAUUCGCCUAUUUGCAUACCAUGCCUUACAGAUCAAAGACUGUUUUCAGGAAGUCAUUGGCGGAGAACGACUCGCGAUUCGAAACAAAGUCAUGGAACAAUUCCAUGGUGUUCAACUUGCUGAAGUUGGCAAGAGCAUUACUGAGGUGAUCGACUUUGAACUCUCCCGAGAUGAAGGUCGCAAUGUUGUUAGACAAGGUGUGGAUCAUGAUCUGGAUGAGCUCAAACGGACCUAUGAAGGGCUCGAAAGUCUUCUGAUCCAGGUCGCUUCGCACGUCGCCCAAUCAGUACCUGCAGAUUUGCACGCAAACAUCAAUGCCGUGUUCUUCCCUCAAAUCGGUUUCUUGAUCGCGAUACCUCAGGACCCAAUCACUGGUCACGGAGUCUUCGAGGGGCCCGAGAACGAACCGUGGGAGAAGAUGUUCACCACUGAAGACUUUGCCUACUACAAGAACGAGAAUGUCAUCGAGAUGGACUCGUACUUCGGAGACAUAUAUGGACGCAUCUGCGACAGAGAGAUCGAAAUCAUUCAUGAGCUUGCAGAAAAGAUUUUGCAGUACGAAGAUCUUCUCACAACGGCGUCUGAUGUGUGUGCUGAGAUUGAUUGCAUCCUAGCUCUGGCACAGGGAGCGAGGAAUCAUAAUCUUGUACGGCCACGACUGACAGAAACGAAUGUUCUGGAUAUCAGAGGCGGAAGACAUAUCCUACAGGAAAAGGUCGUGUCGAACUUCAUUCCGAAUGACACUCUCCUGGCGGGCGGUGAGGGCGAGUCAUCGAUUGAUUAUCAAGGAGACUCAUCUGCAGCACCCCAGUAUCUCACAGAGGACGGUAGUGUAAUACCGAGCAUGAUCUUGGUGACGGGACCGAACUUCUCGGGCAAAAGUGUCUACCUCAAGCAAGUGGCCAUUAUCGUGUUCAUGGCACACGUUGGGAGCUUUGUACCAGCGACCAAAGCGGAAAUCGGUCUCACAGACAAGCUCAUGACACGAGUGGCAACUAGAGAGAGCGUUUCAAGGAAUCAAAGUGCCUUUAUGAUUGAUCUGCAGCAGAUAUCCGUGGCAUUGAAUCUGGCCACAAACAGGAGCUUGUUGAUCAUCGAUGAGUUUGGCAAGGGCACUGACUCACAUGAUGGUGCAGGACUGGCUGCCGGCGUCUUCAACCAUCUGCUCGAGAGAGGAGACGGAUGUCCCAAAGUCAUCGGUGCUACACACUUCCAUGAAAUUUUCGAGAGCGGCUUCCUCCUUCCUCAUGAGCGUCUUGCCUUCGGCCACUUCGAAGUCCGUGUAGACCCACAGUCACAACAGAUUGACGAGCAGUUGACCUAUCUCUACAACUACAAGCAGGGACGCAGCAACAACAGUUACGGCACAGUCUGUGCAGCCUUGAACGGUAUAUCGUUAGAGGUCACGAACAGAGCUGAGGAACUUAUUCUGCUUGCUGCUAGAGGAGAAGAUCUAGUCGCGGCGUGCGCGAUACUGUCAGAAAGCGAGACAAAGGAUCUCGAGGAGGCACAAGAUAUUGCCAGAGCCUUUUUCUCGAUGCAGAUCCCUGAGGAUCCAAAAGAGUCUCUGAAGGAGCUGCUUGGAAUCGAGUAA